AUGCUUCGGUGGGUAGAACACGUGUAUCAUUAUGAGGAUGUAGAAGUUGAAGAAGAUGAGGAUGAAGAUUCCAACAAUUCUUCAAGCCAGGGUGAAGAUGAUGAAGAAGAAGCAAACAAUUCUUCUAACGAGAGUGAAGAUGAAGAUGAAACCAAAUCCUCCGGUGACGCAAGUGGCUCUUCCCUUUACAGUAGUGUAGAUACUAAAGUAGUUCCUAUGGGUGAUCAAGAAAUAGAGCGUCUGAUUAAUCUUGAGGCUAAUGUGGCUCACAUAAAGUGCACCGUCUCCAUGGUAACAGACAAUGAAGAUAUGGCUGAUUCUCCUUAUGGUUCUCAUCACGAUGAUCAGCCUCCUCUACCUUCUCCACCCCCUCCUACUGGUAAUAGUCCUCCAGCUCCAUUUCAACCACCUCCUCCAUCAAAUUCUCCUCCUUUAACUCCCUCUCCACCUCUCAGAACCCCUCCAAGUUCUCUUCUAAGGUCUUCUCCACUUCCUGAUGAUGCCAAAAAGGGGUAG